AUGGCGGUCGAGGGGACACAAGAGGGCAGCAAAAGGAAGGACGGGGGCAAAGCCGCCGGCCGGCGGCGAACGGCCAAUAAACGGGAGAAGCUGAAGCCGGGAAUGAUCAUCGAGUCACAAGUGACCAAAUAUGAAAUCAUCGAGCUCCUUGGAUCUGGCGGUUUCGGUGACACGUACGCUAUCAAGACGGAAUGUCACGCCGAACACAUCAACAAGCGAAUGUUGCGCCUCAAGAUGGAAUGUGAAGUGCUGAAAGUUGCCUCGCAGAUCCCCGACCCAAAGAAGAAGCUACACUUCGUGCCCUUCUACGAUAGUGGCCGUAGUGACGACAUCCGGUUCAUGGUCAUGGGUCUGGUUGGCCCGUCGAUCUACGAGUUGCGGAAGAAGCUGCCCGACGAAAAAUUCAGCAAGGCGUCGGCUUGGCGCAUCAGCAUCGAGGCACUUGACGGGAUCGCCGAUCUACACGAUCUUGGCUACAUCCACAGGGACAUCAAACCAGCCAAUUUUGCCAUCGGACUAGAAGACAAACAACACACGAUCUACCUCCUCGAUUUCGGCAUCGCUCGGAAGUACCUCCAGGCUGACGGUCAGCACAAACCACCACGUGAGAAGGCCAAGUUUGUGGGGACGGUCGGCUUCGCAUCACGCGGAUGCCAUCAGAGUGUGGAACAAUCCCGGAAGGAUGAUCUAGAGACGUGGUGCUAUAUGGUCAUUGAUCUUUGUGCGCAUAAGCUGAUCCCCUGGCGAUGCUCGGCAACGAAGGAAGAUGUGUAUGCCCUGAAGUGCGAGCUCUUCCAAUUCGAUCAAAAGCAUCACAAAAUCUGGGAUACCGUGCCAAAAGAUUUCCGCAGAAUGAUGAAGUAUGUUGACGAAUUGACGUAUUAUCAGGCGCCGGAUUACAAGAUGAUGCAGAUGCACAUGGACAAGAUAGCGAAAGAUGAAGGGAUCAAGAUAGGAAACAAACCAGAGUGGAUCAGCAAGAAAUCACACGAUAGAAAGAAAAAGACGGCAGAGCAGAAGAGCAGUCCGUCCGAGGAUGACGUCGAAGAUUCGGAGGAAAGCACGGAUUCCGACCGAAGGAAAAAGAAGAAGAAGAAGAAGCUCACAAAGGAAUCCGGCAGCGGAAAGAAAGAUCAGAAGAACGGUUCCGGCAAGAAGCGUCACGACAAAAAGAAGAAA